UUGUAUUGACCACAGAACAGCAGCUUAAAUUCAGCCCAACAGCCACAGACCCACCUAACUAGCUCCCACACCGGGGACACGAGUCACGUCCAAAACAGCUGAAGUGUUGAUCACGCCGGCCUAUUUAAACGGAACGUCCUCGAACAGCUGGAUGCGAACCCCUCUCCCGCCCGAGAGCCGCGGGCCUGACCGCUCCUCCAUCAUCGACGGACGCGAGGCUAACUAGCACCAGCUAACACGUCGCCGCUUUGUUUUGAGUCACGGCUCGAAUGAACGGCCAUGGGCCGCGAGGAGGGAGUGUGGAUACAACGAGUGUCUCUUUAAAUCGGUGUUUCAUUCGAAAAGCGCUUAUAGAGGUCCGCUUGUUUACAAACGCUACUAUGCUAAAACUUGGGCACAGAUGCUAAUCGAAGCGUCACCGGAAGUGCAUUUUCCUAUGCUUUCCGGUGGCGGAUUUUUUUUUUUAUUAUUCGCCUUAUUCUGAUGUUCUUUUUUUAUACCGUUUUUUAAUUGCAGUUUGUGAAUGUAAACGCAGUUAUUACAGCGAACGGCGUGCAAAAGUUGAAGCGCGAGGAAAGCGCGAGUGAGAUUUAAAACACUGACGAUUCAAUUCAUCCAAUAAGAUGAAAUGAAGAGUUCGGCAUUUAAAUGUUGCUCAUUAAUUUGAAUAGUUUACGAGGACUGUGGUGGUAACCAGGGGCAACGCGUUCGCAAACCCCCCUCCACCAAUCAGGUUGUGUGCUUCUACAAAUGGACCAAUCAGAUGCCUCGUUGCAAGCACUCGGUAGCUCUGAUUGAGCUCAAUACGAACCCUGGAGUUUUAGCUCCAAACAACUUAGUUUGAACGUUUGUGGUCGGUGAAAUUUUGUUUACGCCGACAGAGAAUGAAUGGGCGAAAUACCCCGCCGCCCCUUCACGUCCACAUCACGGACACGACCCCGGUGCACGUGCACAUGAGGAGGAGCCCCGGCAGAAACUCGCAGAGCCCUAGUAAGGAGGUGCAGCUACAGGGGAAAGGAUGCCGAUCGAAAGGCCGGGCCCCGUGGAUCCCACCUGGAAAGUCUUCCACCCGAAGAGACCUGCAUUCCCAGAGAGCUGUCCAGCAUGGGGGCGCUGAGGGUCGUCAGGCUGCCCCAUUGGAUCCAGAUGACUUCUCCCAAAACCUGACCAUCCUCCUGAAGGAGCAGGAUGCUGACCGUCUCGCUCGGAGCGUGGAACACGGAGAGACGGAUGCUCUGCUGCGAGCGCUUGUGGAGGCAGAGAUUGAUGGCGUUGCUGUCACCAGUCAGGUUGUGGCGCUGAAGGAGGUGGUGGACCACCUCAGGAAGGAGAAACGCCUGUCCAAGGUUCAGGCUGCAUCUCUGGAGCGUCAGCGACAGGCGUUACUGGAGAAGAUCCAGAUGUUCCAUCACACCAACCGUGGCCUGCGGGACCUGCUGAGAGGCCGGACUCAACACCAGAGGGCAAUGCUGGCCUGGUCCGAGGAGAACGAAGAUCUGAAGAGGCGGCUGAUGGACUGUGAGGCCGAGAACAUGCGUCUGUCGGCCAAGCUGAGCAGCAGGGAGAAGGAGGUCGGAGCGCUCGCUCGGCAUCUGGACCUGGAGAAGGACAACAUUAAGACCAGCGAGGAGCUGUCCAGGCUCCUGGAGAGCAAACAGGAUCGUUUGGACUCUCAGCUGACGUGGACAGAAGCCGAGAAGGUUCGACUGACUGCUCAGAUUCAGGUGAUGCAGCAGAAGUUCGAGCAACAGCAGCAGGAGCUGCAGCGUCUCCAGGAGGAGCUGAAGAAUCAGAAAUGUGAUAAGGAGCAGGAGAACCAGGAGCUCCUCAGCACCAUCAACCGACAGAUGGAGGAAGCUGAGGAGUCGUGCCGGCAGCUGAGGGUCAGGCUUCAGGAGAAGGAGGCCCAGUUGGUCCAGGCCCGGUCCAAGUCCAACGACUGGUGCCUGCGUCACUCCAGAGAAGCUGCAGCCAGAGAGAAGCUGCAGGAGGAUGCAGCAGCCCUCAGACAUCAGGUGACAGAGCUCAGCCAGAAACUGCAGCAGAACGAGGAGGCCCGGCGAGCGGACAAAGAGGAAGUCCAGCGACUGACUGCCGACAUCUGCCGCUUCAACACUGACAACAGAGAACUGCAGGACCAGCUCUCGUUGUCGCAGGAGAAGCUCAGGUCUCUCCGGUCUGAAGCUGGAGCGCUUCGAUCCACCGUCAGGAUGAACCAGAACCUGCUGGACAAGUACAAGAAGAAGGUCCAGCAGGUCCGUCUGCAGUCGGAGGAGUUCUGCCUGAAGCUGGAGGAGACUCAGAAGGAGGCUCUAGAGGAGAAGGAGAGACUGCAGAGAGAGAAGGAGCAGCUGAGGAGAGACCUCAGUGCCCGUCUCCGAGAACUGGAGCCUCUUCCAGACAAGCUGAGGAGGACGGAGGAGCAGCUGAAGGACGCUCAGAAGGAGGCUGAGGGCCACCAGAGGAGGAACCAGGAGCACAGCUGCUCUCUCGCUGAAGUCAGACACAAGGUGGAGCAGCAGGGAGCUGAGCUGGAGGUCAGUCUGCGGAGAAGCUCGCUGCUGCAGCAGGAGAAGAACCUCCUGAAGGAGAAGACCCACGACAUGAAGAGGAAGCUGGAGGAGCUGACGCUGCAGAACCAAGUCAUGUCCGAGUCGCUGGCAGACAGAGAUGCCGCCAUCCGCAGCGUCCAGCAGCAGCUAGAGGAGAAGAGCAUGGAAUGCAGUGUCCUGACCAGGCAGCUGCAGCGGGCGCUGGACGACGCUCAGAGACAGGUGGAGGAGAGCGUGCAGAGGAUUCAGUCCAAAGAGAAGGCGUCUCACGUCAAAGCUCUGGACCUGCAGGGUCAGCUGAGCCGGGCCAGAACAGAACUGGGCCAAGUGCAGCGCAGCAAAGAGGAGACGGAGCGGCGCCUGCAGAACCAGCUGCAGCACCUGCGGGAGCGUCUGGAGCAGUCGGACUCUACCAACAGGAGUCUCAGCAACUACGUUCACUUCCUGAAGACCUCCUGUGCACCGCUGGUGACCUCCACCUGACCGCUCAUCCUUCCGUCCGUCCUGCUCGGGACCUCCCCACGUGACCUGGACCUGCUGCUGCUCUAGAGUCACGAUUGGAUCUCUCUGACUCAACUGUGUUUUGUUCCCAUUGGUGACAUUGUUUCCCCUGAUGUGGGACGUUUUAUUCCCUUUUAAAAGACUAUGCCUGUUUUUCCUUCGUCAAAGAACAAAGAAACCUCCGCGGGAGAAUUGUUUGCUCAAAUAAAAUGUA